UACCAACUCACUCCUCCAGCUCCCUACCCUCAAGCUCACACCAACCAGCAGGCAGCAGCGCUCUGCCAGAGCCAAGAACCUCAAGCACAUCCUGAGCACACCACAAUGAAGCUUCGCCCCACCGCCAGCACUGUGGCUCUCCUCCUCUUCCUCCUCUUGGCAUCCUCGUCUCUGCGUGCCGCCAUGGCUGGAUCAGCGUUCUGCGACGGCAAGUGCGGGGUGAGGUGCUCCAAGGCGGGGCGGCACGACGACUGCCUCAAGUACUGCGGGAUAUGCUGCGCCGAGUGCAACUGCGUGCCGUCGGGGACCGCCGGCAACAAGGACGAAUGCCCCUGCUACCGCGACAAGACCACCGGCCACGGCGCGCGCAAGAGGCCCAAGUGCCCAUGAUCCACAUCCACCACCGCCCUCCAGGCAUCCUCCGCCGCCCAUGGCGUCUACACACCAUAUGCCUGAACUGGAUGCAUCCCUAUCUAUCAUGUCGUACUGUCUCGCGGAUCACCACUAUAUAUUAUAUGCGUGUAAAUCAUGAUCUGGAGCGUCUGGUGCAUGAUCCUACUAUGUGUUGAUAAUGCAUGAUGCUGGCCUGCUGCUAUGCCGGUAAAAAUGCCGCUGUGCUGUAAUAAUGAACCAUCAUGCAUCAGUAAAGUUUGUCCAGUAAUUUCCUUGUUC